CGCAGCGGUGACGUCGGGUACCUGUCUUUGUCUAACGGGGUGCGCUCAGUUCUGCUCACAGCAAAAUGGCUACAGGUUAUGUCUGGAUGUUUACCUCAAUUAUUAUAGCAACAACUGCCCAUGCUGAUUCCAGUUAUAAUAGCCAGCCCUCACCGCUAAUCACCGCCUGUAACAUCAGGUGCUCACCUGGCCAGGUGCUGGAGUCCAGGGAGUGCAGGUGCUACACCCCAACCCAAGUCUCCACCGCCUGCACCCCGGUCGUCUGCAACCAGUUCUGUCUCCUGGGUUACGAGAAGGACGCCCGGGGCUGCAACACCUGCAAGUGCCGGACCAUCAACAUCUGCCUGCCCGUGCUGUGCCUCAGGUUCUGCACCAACGGCUACGCCAAGGACGAGAACGGAUGUGACGUCUGCCGGUGCAAGGCUGAGGAGCAGUGCUCGGCCGAGAGGUGCAGGGAGAUCUGCCGCAGUGGGGUGAACGGACAGAGCCGGGAGUGUCCAAACUGCAGAUGUCAGACGAGGACGUGCAACGCGCUGUGUUUUAACACCUGCCCGUACGGGAGAGUUCGCGACGCGCAGGACUGCCCGACAUGCGAGUGCGCCAAGGCUCCGGUCAUUGACCCGCCGCCUAGAAUCAGUUGCGGUCCUGUCUGCGACAUAUACUGCCCGUACGGUAAUGUCUAUGACGCCAGAGGGUGCCCAACUUGCGAGUGCGUCAGGGCUCCGGUCGUUGAGCCGGUUCCCCGCAACUGUGGUCCCGUCUGUGCAAUUUAUUGCCAGUACGGUAAUGUCAAGGACGCUAGAGGAUGCCCAACUUGUCAGUGUAACAGUUCACCAUACACAGAAAUCGAGCCAAGAAAUUGUGGUCCAGUAUGUGACAUCUAUUGCCAGUACGGAAAUGUCUAUGACUCCAGAGGAUGCCCAACAUGUAAAUGCAACAGAGCACCGCGGAACGAAAUCGAACCAAGAAAUUGUGGUCCAGUAUGUUCAAUAUACUGUCCCUAUGGUAACGUGAAGGACGCCAGAGGAUGCCCUACGUGUGAAUGCAACAGGUCACCCAAUACAGAAAUCGAACCAAGAAAUUGUGGUCCAGUUUGUGCAAUUUAUUGUCCCUAUGGUAACGUCAAAGACGCCAGAGGAUGCCCUAAGUGCGAAUGCAACAGGGCACCAAACACAGAAAUCGAACCAAGAAAUUGUGGUCCAGUUUGUGCAAUAUAUUGUCCCUAUGGUAACGUGAAGGACGCCAGAGGAUGCCCUACUUGUGAAUGCAACAAAUCACCAACCACCUCGCUUGAACCAAAGAAUUGCGGUGCAGUCUGCGCCAUCUACUGCCCUAACGGGAACAUCCUGGACUCAAGGGGUUGUCCCACCUGCCAGUGUAUCCCCAGCACACAAAUUUACUCCUAAACACGCGAAACAAUCACAUUUUUACUGACAUUACUAAGCUCUUGCCAUAUGAAGUUCUCUCCCUUUUUGUCUACUUGUACUUACAAUUACUGGUGAAAGAUCAUCACUUUACUGUCGUCUCAUGCAAAUUUCUUACAAUUGUUUAUCUCAUUGUUGAAUAAAAUACAGAAA